AUGGCCGAGUCAGCCGACCACAAGGAACUGUUCAGUCAAGAAGAGUCUGGUGAUAAGGUAAUGAUGGAGGGGUCCGGGGAGCAGCCGGAGAGCAGUGAAGAUGCCUCGGCUGGGCCUGGAGAUGAUGGGGACCGCGGUGAAGAAGCUGCCGUGGGUCCUGGGGAAGAAGGGGAAAAAGGUGAAGAGGAUGCUGCUGGGUCCGGGGAAGGCGGGGAAAAAGGUGAAGAAACUGAUGAGGAUUCAGACCCAGACCAUCCAAAAGGACUUAUCGGUUAUCUUUUAGAUACAGACUUUGUUGAAAGUCUACUUGUGAAAGUUAAAUACCGUGUGUUAGCCCUCGAAAAGCUUCAAACUAGAGUGGCCAAUCUAGAGUCCAAAUUCCUGAGGGAAUUUCAUGGUAUUGAAAGAAAGUUUGCUGAAAUGUAUCAGCCUUUAUUGGAAAAAAGACGUCAGAUAAUCAAUGCAAUCUAUGAGCCUACAAAAGAGGAAUGUGAAUAUAAAUCAGAUUCUGAGGACUGUGAUGAUGAGAUGUAUGAUGAGGAAGAGAUGUGUGGUAAUGAGGAGGGUCUGCUACAUGACUACAUGGAUGAGGAUGACGAUUGUGAAGAUUAUGAUGAUUAUGCUGUUGAAGAGGAGGAGGAGGAUGGUAAUGAUGAUGACAAUGACGAUAACACCAAGGCAGCUGGAGAUGAGAAUAAAGAAGAGGAUCCUAAAGGAAUUCCUGAUUUUUGGCUGACUGUCUUAAAAAACGUUGACACACUGACUCCUUUGAAAAAAUAUGAUGAGCCUAUUCUGAAGCUCCCGACAGAUAUUAAAGUGAAGCUUUCAGAUCCUCGUGAACCUCUCAGUUUCACACUAGAGUUUCACUUCAAACCAAAUGAAUAUUUCAAAAAUGAGCUGUUGACAAAGACCUAUAUGCUGAAGUCAAGGCUAGCAUAUUAUGAUCCCCAUCCCUAUAGGGGAACCGCGACGUAUUGCAUAGGCUAUAAAAUAGAUUGGAAUGAAGGAAAGAAUGUCACUUUGAAAACAGUCAAGAAAAAGCAGAAGCACCGCAUCUAGGGAACAAUGCGAACUGUGACUGAAGAUUUUCCCAAGGAUUCAUUCUUCAAUUUCUUUACUCCUCAAGGAAUCAACUCAAAUGGAAAGGAUGGAAAGGAUGAUUUUCUACCUGGCCACAAUUUAUGUACUUACAUAAUCCCAAGAUCAGUAUUAUUUUUCUCAGGUGAUGCGCUUUAAUCUCAGCAAGAAGGGGUAGUUAGGGAAGUUAAUGAUGAAAUUUAUGACAAAAUUAUUUGUGAUAAUUGGAUGGCUGCAAUUGAGGAAGUUAAAUCUUGUUGCAAAAAUCUUGAAGCAAUAGUAGAAAACAUUGAUCGCUAA